AUGAUUUGCUCAAUAGUUUGUGUACUUUGGUAUGUGGGAGUCUUGAAGAUGCUAGAAUUGCUAUACAGAAUUAUUUGGAUGAUUAGAAGAGCUCUAAGAACUACUGACUAUCUGCCUGAUAGAUAUGGUAAAGGAUCUUGGGCAGUAGUGACUGGUGGUACUGAUGGAAUUGGCUUAGAAAUGGCUAAAGAGCUAUCAAGAUUAGGAUUCAACAUUAUUAAUGUUGCUAGAGAUAGCAAAAAACUUAAGGAUUCAGAGGUAGAAAUAAAGAAAACAAACUCAACCACCCAGAUCAGAUCAAUAAUGUUUGACUUCAGCAAGACGAUUAAGCCUGAGGAUUACUAAUCUUAGAUUACUGAUCAAAUCAAUGAUUGUGACGUGUCAAUUUUGAUUAAUAACGUCGGAGCAAAUUAAUCAGGAGAUUUUGAAAGAGUACCGAUCGAAAAACAUAAAGAAAUGAUUGAUGUAGGAAUAAUGCCAGGCACUAUCCUUACAAAAUUACUCAUGGAUAAGAUGCUUAAAAGACCAAAGAGGACUGCAGUACUCUUUACUACUAGUGUUUAAGUUCUUGCACCUUUAGGAGGAGUUGCUACAUAUUCAGCAAGCAAAGUGUAUCUUGAUUAUCUAGCGAAAUCUCUAUCUCAUGAAAACAGACACAACAUGGAUGUAAUGACAUUCUAAUGUGGACUUGUAACUACUAAAUUCAAUGGCUACUACAAAGGAGGAUUUUAUGCAAUAAAACCACAGCAAGCAGCGUUUGGAGCAUUAAAAGACUUAGGUUAUGAGUUUAGUAGUCAUGGACAUAUUUAUCACGACAUCUUGGCAUUUUUAAUGAGAUUUAAGAUAAAGUUCCUUUAUAAUAGUUUCUCUGAUGAAAUGAGAACUAAAUCUAAUAAGGUACUUGAGAAAUUAUCUAAGUAGAAUUGA